UUUAAUCAUCGAACCUGUAUUCCAAACACAUUUAUGGAAUCCGAUUAAGGAAGAUUAAUGGAAUCCGAGUACAAGUGUAUAAGAAGGCAAACAAAAAAAAAAUUGAAGUGUAAAAGUGCAAUGAAGGCAAAUUCAUAACCAACCCCCUUUGUUCUAACUCUUCUUCUCCACUUCAAUUCCCUCCUCUUCUUAUUCAUUACGAAGCUUCCUCUUUUCCACAGCCUAUUCAUCCAUGGAACAUUUCUCCAAAACCCUCCAUUUCUCUUCCAUUCUCAUUCUUCUUAUCCUCCCCCUCGCUGGGGCGGCGCCCGAGGACGGCCGUGUCGUCCAGGUCGUUCCUCCGGUUAGCCUACUUUGUAUCAGCGAAUGUUCAACUUGUCCCACCAUUUGCGCUCCACCACCGCCACCGCCCACUGUGCUCAAGUCACCUCCGCCGGUGCCUCACGUGCCACCACUGGCUUACUUUCCACUCAAUUCACCCCCACCUCGACCAACCUCAUCUCCACCCCCGCCGUCGCCUUCACCUCCGCCACCUCCGGCUACGGCGACGGCGGUUUCUUCUCAUUCCCCGCCACCACCCGCAUUCAGAUAUUACUUCAACUUGCCACCACCACCGCCAGUGCUGAUUCCGGUACCUGUGCCGCCGUCGGCGACUGCUGCACCUCGUGGAAAUACGAAUAGUAAUGCUUAUAAUUACUACUUUUAUGCUCCGGCAUCAUCGUCUGCUCCUCCGUCUCUUCCGACGGCGUUUUUUUGGGGUUUGUUUCUCUUCCACUUGAUCUUGUGUUCAUGGUGAAAGGUUUGUAUAUUAAUUUUCAUGGAGGUAUGGGGUGAAGAAAACUUUGAUUGGGACUCUCUUAAUUAAUUGGCUUAAUUGUAACUAAGGGUUUAUUGUUUUGGUUAGUCGAAUUUUGGGAAUUAUUAUUUUUUAAAGUUUGGAUUUUUUUUUUCUUUUUGAUUUGAAAUUAAAGCAUAGUGAUUUUCAAGUGCCUAAUGGGUUAUGUAAAUCUAUAAACAUUUGUGUUUUU